UUCAGAGGAAUAUCGGAAGUUUGGGUUCCAUUCCACGUUAGGAAGUUCGUCCUUUGUGUGAGAGCGAUGCAGUCUGGUCUCCACCCACUCGGUGCAGCGCUCGGGGGAGGAGACAUUUCUUAUUACGCAGGCGCACAAAUAGGGAGGGGGAAUCUUGGUGGCCCGUGAAGUGCGACGUCCCUCCUAGUCCAUGGCACAACAUCGUACGACAAGCAAUAUCUUUUUACGACUGGUAACGACGGCUGUUUUCCUCGUUGCUCCGCGACGGGCCGUUUCUUCCCAGUUAUAUCUUGGAACCGAAUUUAGUUGACGAAGGUUCUCUCAGAUUAUUUUAACUUCUGUACAACAUGGAUACUGAACAGAUUAUCGAGGGACAGCCACAGGUUCCAGAAAAUCCACAUGCAGAAUAUGGCCUUACGGAAAAUGUAGAGCGGAUAGUGGAAAAUGAGAAAACAAGUGCAGAAAAAACAUCGAAGCAGAAAGUGGAUCUUCAGUCAUUACCUACACGUGCAUAUCUGGAUCAGACAGUUGUCCCUAUCUUAUUACAAGGCCUUGCAGUCCUUGCAAAGGAGAGGCCUAUAAACCCUAUAGAAUUUUUAGCGGCAUAUCUGUUAAAAAAUAAAGCACAGUUUGAAGACAGGAAUUAAAUUCAUCUGGAGAUUGACAAUUGAUUGCUAUGUUCUGUACUAAAAACAUGAAUCAUUGUCUUAUGCAUAAAACCUGCAAAACCAAAAAUUCUCAUCUACAGACCAUUAAUUGAAUUAUUUAAUAAAAUACCUUAUAUAAAUUAUGAAA